CCACUUAUUGCAGUCACAAUUGAACCGUCGGGCGGGUAACAUGUUUUACCGUUCGGCAAUUCUGUUUAUUCACUUCAAACUAAGUAUAAUUCACUAUUUUUAUGUUGUUCCAAUGAUUGAUCAACAAUAAUUCAUGUUGUAACAUAAACGAGUCAAAAAUUAAAGGGAAUAUACUAGUGUUAGCAUUGAAAGACGUAAUAGAUGCUUUCGAAUACCGUCGGAUACUUUCUAUUGUAAUUUUAUUCUUGUGAAUGUUAGACAAAACUUUUACAUGAAUUUAUAAUGGUGAACAGUUGCAAAUAUUGACUAAAGUGAAGGUAUUCAGUGAGAGAAACUAGAGUGAGUAAAAUUAACAGUGAAAAGAUAAGGCUAGAGGUUAGAGUGUGGAUACGGUAACCUCUCUUUAAGCACACGACCAGCCGGCGCCCAUAAUUAAAGGGAAUAUAACCGAAGCUCGACUGUUGGAUUUGACGUUCUGGAAGUUCCUGGAAGUAACUCGGUAAAAUUUACUUUUUUAUCAGUAACUGAAAAUAAAAAAGUUUAUUUCAUCAAAACUCGUUACUCCGUUCAAUUUUACACCUAAAUGAAAUAUCUUUAUGAUUUUUAUUCAAUUUCAAUGGCUCUCUUAGACGUUUCUGUAUGAUUAAAUCCAAAUAAACGGUUUAAUCAAGUGCAUAACGCCGAAAUGCGAAUGUACAAGUACGUGACGAUUAUCGUAAUAAAGUCUACGAAGAGAAUUUAACGACUUGGAAUCUCGCACGUGUUUAAUUAAAUUGGGAUAAAGAUGUAGACCGACGGAAGAAGACAGUGUGUGGCCGGGAAAUUUCCCGAUAACCUCAUUUAAAAUAGUGAACUGUGUUGUUAUGUUGUUUUUGCUUUUUCUGUUGGUUUAAACUCAUUGUUCGUUUAUUUGUGAGUUUGGUUUAUACAAGACAUAUAAUAUAUUGGUGCAAAAAAAUUAUGAUGAUAAGUAUGUGAGUUUCUUUGGAGACAAGUGUGUAAUAUAAAGAAAAAAAGUUUCAUCUCUGGAGUAAAGCUUUUUCAAGUCACAUAUUCAUUUGAGGAUAUUCUGCGAGUUCCUCUUGAGAAACAAGUGUAGCGGGAUGAUAACCCGCAUCCAACAAUCAAUCGCCUAGUCAUCACAGUGGAGUUCUGCUUUAUUGCUGCCUCGGGAGGGGGUGGUCCAAUGUUGGUCCCUCCCGUGGCCCCAGGGGGAACAGGCAGCCGUCAGGUCGGCGAUGCCGGAGCUAGAGGAUCACAAAAUCCCAUCCAGGGGACAGCAACGACGUUGUGGCCCCUUGCGCCUGCACAAACUACUAGUCUGUCAGGCAAUCAGCAGACACAUGCAACACCACCUCUAGCUGCUACCCCUGCACCUUCACACAAUCAAGGAAUAAAUCGGUACGAGUUGUAUUCCUUGUUUCCUGGAAGUGGCGGGGGUAGCUACGUGGCAACAGCUCCAGGCACCCCAGCAGUUACCCCCGCAAGAACUUAUCAUGCUACAACACACAAAGAACGGACGGUUUCAGAAAGUGUUUUCUCAGCAGCUGUGGGGGUUGGAGUCGGUGGUUAUACCUGGGGUGCACCCACACCACCACCUGGAUCACCAUACAGUCCAGUACCUGGUGUGACACAACUGGAAUUGUUAGCUAAAAACUUGGCUAAUCUUACACCACAUCAUACUCAACAACCAUUAAGUCUUCAGGGAGUUGGAGUGAACGUUGGUGCUAGUCUCCAUCAUGCUCAGCAUACUCAACAUACACUUAACCUCGCUGGUCUUCAUCAUCUUCAUCACGGUGAGUCGAUGGUGACGAGUACAUCGACAACCGCGUUUACGUCCAAGUUUAUUAAUGAGCGUACAUUUACACUCGGUGGUCUUCAUCAAGGUACAUUUUCACCACAACUAUCUCUGGUAACUGCUGGAACACCAACUUUAACAAUUAACAGUUUUUCUUCGCCUAAUACUCCAGCAAGUGUGGUACCGAGUAAUGGAUUAUUAGUGCAAGAAUAUCAGUCUGCAGUACCAAGUCCAAUAGCAGUCUGUCCAUCAUCAACUAGUGGGUCUUCCUCAAUUCCAACAGGCGCUGCAGCAUGUACUGUCAGCACUGUCAUAGUCCAAGGUGCUCAAACGGGCAGCACUUUUGUACAAAGUACAACUAAGAAACGAGAGUCCUUUGUUACUACUCAAGCUCAAACUUCAAUAAAAGUAGAAAAUAAAACAACUCGACAGUCGUGUGUUUGUAAAAGCACCAAUGCUAGUAGUGGCAAAACAAAGGUUGUCCACUCAGAAGCAGGAUGCAGCCGGACUUUACCAGUUGUCUCAUCUUGGAAUGGCCAAGACACUUCGUCCUGCGCGAAUGCCUUGAACAACGCGAGUACCGCAACUAAUCUCGUCAAGAGAGAACCUCUUGCUGCGGUGCCUUGUCAAGUAGCUGAAGUCUCAACGUCUCUUCACGCUACAACUACAGCUGUUAAGAUUGAACCUCUUCCACCAAAAUCUGAGAAUGGAAUAGUUGUGUCUACUGCUGCAGCAAAUGGCAUUCCUGUGGGCAUUGCAGUUGCUCGCCAAAGGUUACAACAUCACCAGGAAACAUCGUCUACGUCUAUGAGAAAUGUUUCACUGAGUCAUCACACGUCGCACCAUGCCAGCUAUCAUCAUUUCCAACCAGACAAUCUCGGAUCGACCACGGCCAUGGCGAUGGGCGGCGCGACGCUGGUUCAUUGUACUGGAAGUGGGGAUGAACGGCCAGCCCACCUUGCCAUCCCCUCAGGCGCUUUGGCACCCUCGAUCAACGCAACCCUAAAUUCAGGCUUGAACAACAUUGGACCAAGUGCGCCGGGCACAUGGCCUCCAACAUUGUGGCAAUACCCUACUACAGCAAUGCCUGCCCUGGAGCCAGUAGGAUUCCCACAACUCGGCGUUGGACUACAAGGUGGUCUCCAAUUAGUCAGAGAUCCCUCAACUGGUCAUCUGCUGCUUAUUCAUGCAGCUGCUGAGCAAAUGCAACAAGCUGUUGUCUGGCCAAAUUAUCCCAAUCCAAGUGGGCCAAAUAUUAGUGCUCCCCCUUUGUUAUUACCUGGACCAACAACACCACCUUCACUUCAACUCCUCAGUGAUAUUAAUGGUGCUAGAUUGGUUCUAACUGAUAACAAACGGAAACAACCAAAUAAUAUACCUAUUGUUAAGAUUGAAGCUGACUGUACUCCACCUACUACAACAAUUAUUGCAUCAACAGAAUCAAAUAAAGCCUUGCAAACAGUUACAACAAUGACAGGUUCUCUGGUAACUGAUGCACCUUUAUUAACAGCAUUACAUUAUUAUCCUCAUGCUCCAGCUUUAGUUCAAAUAAGUCAAUCUGAAUCAACUCAAUGUAAAACUCAGCAGAAAAGUACAUUUAUAUCAAAAGCAACGUCUCCCGUAUCGUGCCUGACUCCCCCACCAGAUGUUACACCAACACAUGCAAUUGAAGGUCUCGACAAUACCGGUCUUGGCGUUCAAGAUGCUUCUAAUCAGACUGAUACUCCUGAGACUGAAGAGGACCAUCAUCAUAACGAUGGACUGGUCAAACAUGAACAAAUAUUUUCUUCUUGUCAGCAACAGGUGGUUACGCAUUGUACAAAUUUUGAUGUUGUUUCGUCGACUGUUGAAAAACCACGUAUUGUAAACAGCAGCAAUUGUGAUACAGAGAUUAUUGAAAAAAUAGCAUCAGUAAAUAAAAUUGAUAAGUCAUCAGUAGUUAUGAUAAAAGAGUCUUUAAAAACCGAGGUCGUUAGUACAGUUGAUCAGGAGACAGAGAAAGACAAAGAAAAAGAAGAGGAUGAUGAAGCUGAGUCAAUUAGUAUUGAUGAUAUUGCUGAGGAGAGGAUACGUAGACGUGGAUCACGAGUUAUUGAAAUCACAGAAGAAAAUUGUGAUAGUUUUCAUGAAAAUCUUGAAUUUUUUGGAAGACGAAGGAAUCCUAUAGAACAACUUAAAAAGCCCCAUUACACUGAUGAAGCUCUAAAUGAGGAAAUGAUGAUUGAAAAAAUCAGAAGAGAAGAAUCAACUUGUGAAGACGAUAACCUGAAUGAUACUCAUGUCGAUAAAGAUCAUUAUCAAUCGGUAUCAUCAACUUUACAAUCUUUAGAUCACACAGAAGAUAAUGAAAUAAAUAAACUCGACGAAGUUGCUAGUUCAUCUGGGGAGUUAUUGCAAUGUACAGAGCAAGCUGAUUCAAGUAGUUCACCUUAUGAAAAGAGUAAAGAUGAACCACUUGUUAGUGUCAAAUCUUUGGACAUGCCUUCGAUUGAUUGUGAUGAUGAAAUAGAUGGAACUAAUGUUAUUGUUAAGAGAGAAGUCUCAAACAAUUUCGCUACAUGUGCAAUAGAAACUGAUAAUGUUAAAAGUCUUCCCGAGAAACUAAGUCGGAAUGAUAACAAAAAAUUUUGCAAUGAAAAAUAUCAUGCUGGAAUUGAAAAUGUUGUGGAAAAGUUGAAGAAAAAUGCUGCAGCUCUUCAGGACAAUUCAAUAGCUCAAAAACUGUCUGGAGAACGAGAGCAAGCACAAGUAGUUUCAAUACAACGAUCUGUUGGUCGUUGUUUACCAAGGACAACCAGUAAUGGAUUAAAAAAACAUAUUUUACGAUUUUGUGAAACUACUUCAAGUACUGAAACUUCUGGUAACUCUGGUGAACAAGAAAAAGAUAAUAAUGUCUUGAAAAAAGAUUCAAGUUCACUUUCUAUUUGGUCUACUAUUAACAAUAAUGUUUGUAGUAGUACUAAUAGCAAUAAUAAUGAUAAUAAUAGUAAUAACAGUAAUAAUAAUAAUUGUAUAAAUACUGAUAAGUUAUCACAGACUGUUGAUCCAAUUAUUUUGUCUGAAAAAACAUCGAAAAACUUCGUCACAUCAAAAAACGCAAAUGAAGUGAAUACUGAAAGCGAUAAUGUACGAUUUCGUAGCAAAUUUUUCAAGAAUAAUCAAACCUGUGGUAAACCAAAAUCAUCUGUUGAUCUCAGUGGACUUGAAUUACUAUCCAAUAGUAUUGCACAAUUUGAACACUUGAAACAGGACAAUACUGACAAUAAUACUAGUAAUUCAGAUAUUGAAUGUUCACCAAAGAAAGAUAAAGUCCAAGGACAACAGACAGAAAGUAACAAUAACAAUGUUGAUAGUCCUCUAGGACUUCUUUGUGCAUUAGCAGAACAAAGAUUCAUGGAGGAAGUUGGAGAUGAUGUUCCUAAACGAUCAGCGAGUUUUGAAAAUUCUGAAGAAAUUUCUUGUGCUGGAGUUUUAUUGAUGAAUUUGGGUAAAGAAAGAGGAAAAGUUGAAAAAAGAAGGCAUUCGGUGGAUGAUAAUACUUAUAGGAGUAUUAAAAGAACACGAAAAGAAUUAUUUCAUGCAUUUAAAAAUGAUUCUCCAAAUAUUGACACAUUGAAGGUUAAAAAAUCGAAAUAUUCUGAUGAAAAUGAGGCGGCUGAUGAUGCAGAUGAUGACUACACUGAUUCUGAGGGAGAUAAUAGAUCUUCCCCCGUAUUUGAUAUUCAUAAAAUUGAAGGAAAUAAAGGUGGUGACUCAGUUGAUAAGAAAAAUAAUUUGAGCGACAAAAAUUCAAAGAAUGAUAAAAAUUGGUCGAAGAUAAAAGCAAUGGAAAUGGAUAUGAGAGAAAGGUUGGCAGAUAUUCAGAAAAAGUACAAAGAGAAACAAAAAGAAUUGUCCAAACUACCUCUUAGAAAAGAUGACAAAAAAGUGUGCUCUAGACAAAAGAAAUUUAAUUCAGACUGCGAACAAUCUGUAGAAGAAGCUGAUGUACCAAUUAAAUCUCUUCAUGGUUCAGAUGAUGACAUUCCAUCAGCAUUAAGUCUUAAUGUUUUACCAAUGCCGAGAGGUAACGUUAAUCUCAUAAAAUUAGCAGAACCAAGAAGUCAUAUAAAGUUAUUAGAUAGUAUUCCUAGUAUUUCUCUACCUGUUACUUCAGUUACAUCACCAAUCAUUACAUCGCCAAUAAGUAAGAUUAUUUCAGAAGAUGAAGAUAAUAAAAAUUCAGCUGCAAUGGAUUACGAUACAUCGUCUUCAGCGCCAACGAUUGCAAGCUCAAGUUCAGCAAAAAAACGUAAAGUUGGAAGACCUCGAAAACUUAUGUGUUCGUCCAUGAGUGCACGACAUCUAACAGAAACUAUUGUAGCGAAAAAAUCAAGAAGUAAAAGCUCACUCGUGAGUUACUUACUGAAUUCGAAGAAUAGACAUUACCCGAAUAAAUUAAACGGAAAGUCUGGACAUGCUUCAUUACCCAUCAAAUGUGGUCUGACGAGUCCAAAGGGCAUGACAAAAAGUCACAAGAUGAAUAAAGCAAAAGUAAAACCCAUAAAACAAACCCCGCUGCAUAACAAAAAUGUCAUUAGCUCGAUUAUUGCAGAGAAAGCUAAACUCAGUCAAGAGGCAAAAUUGGAAAAACAGGUAAUGAAGCUUAAGCCAAAAUUUAAGGCUGAAAAUAAAGUAAGAGACUGGAAUGAUGAUGAGGAAAAUGAAUGGAAUUAUGACAUGCAAGGUACUACUGUAGUUAACGAUUCUAUUAUCGAUGAAUCUAGUAAAAAAGAUGAAUCACUAGAUGAUAAUAAAUUAUCCCAAGUACAAGCAACUCAAUUGUUAAGGGUAGACGAAGAUUACUUAGAAGUUAGAGAAUUGGAAAAAUACGAGAAAUCUAAAAAGAAAAAACGAAAGUCUACGUCUUCCUCUCCUUUGAGGCGUAAAUCAGGGGAACAUGAUAAGAAAGAGUCCAAACGAAGGAAGUCUUCCGAUUGUAAAGAGUGUAAAGAAUGUGCUAAAGUAGCUAAAGCUGAAAGAGCUGAGAGUAUUACCAACAGAUGUAAAUUGACGUCAGCGCAUCUUUCAAUCGAUCAACUGAGAGUUUUAACAGCUAUGGGAGGACUCUUCUAUGCUGGACGAUUAAAUGCGAUUCAACCUCCUGAUGUUUAUGCGAUUACACUUGACGGUGAACGAGGCAAUAGACCGCAUAUACACUCAAGGGAGGAAAUCUUGCGUGAUGCUAUUGUCGAAGUUUGUCCUGGUUCUACAAAGGAAUUACCACCAGGAACAAGACUUUGUGCUUACUGGAGUCAACAGUAUCGAUGUUUAUACCCUGGAACAUCAGUUGAACCCUCUGAUCCUGACUCCGAGCUGGAUGAAAAAUUUGUCAGUGUUGAAUUUGACGAUGGUGACAGCGGAAGAAUAGCUUUGGAUGAUAUCAGACUUCUUCAGCCUGAUUAUCCAGUUGUUGAAUAUGAUCCCAAUCCUCUAUUAAGUUUGGGUAAGAAACGAAGACAAACAUCUGUGUCAACUGAUGAUAAGCGUGCCUCAUGUGAUGGCCUACCGUGUUCAAAAUCUGAAUUCACAGCAGAUGUGUCAACGGUUUCAGCAAAUUAUCCAGAUAAUGAGAAAGCUGAUAAUGAACAAAACUUGUUAGGACUUGAUGGAAAGGCACUAGAUGAGUACAGAGAGCGAAAAAAAUUAAAAAAACGACGGCGUGAUAAAUUAAAAAGACUUCAACAAGUUCAAGAAGGUAAAAAGAAACAUAAAAGACACAAGUGCUGUGAAGAACAUAGAAAACAUAAGCACAGGAAACAUCGCAAGCACAAACAUAAACAUAGUCAUCAUUCAAGUCAUAAUGAGAGUAGUCACGUAAGUGGUGGUGAAAGUUGUUCAGGAUUAAAAAGUGAAGAAGAAGGAGAGAAUGAAGGUAGUACAAUGUCUGAAGAAUUAUCGGCUAAUAAAAGUACAUUGAAAAUGCCAACAGAACCUGUAAUUCCUCCACAAAUAGUCCAUAAAGAUCCUGUGUCUGUGGAGAAAAUAGAAAAACCCAAAAAGCCUGAUAAAAAGUCAAAGACCAGAGAACGCCAGGAGUCUGUAGAAAGCAGGAGUAAAAUGGCAGCUUUCUUGCCGGCAAGACAGCUGUGGGGAUGGGCUGGUAAAGGUUAUAGGAGGCCAGGAGCUAAGGGUAGAGCUAAGAAACAAUUUUUCAAAGCCAUUCAACGUGGGAAUGAAACUAUACAGAUUGGAGAUAGUGCCGUGUUCCUUUCUACUGGACGUCCUGAUAGACCAUACAUUGGUAAAAUCGAAUCCAUGUGGGAAACUACCAGUUCUAAUAUGAUUGUUAAAGUUAAAUGGUUCUAUCAUCCUGAAGAAACUGUUGGCUGUCCAGCUAACUUGAAAUAUCCGGGUGCCUUGUUUGAAUCACCACACAUGGAUGAGAAUGACGUACAGACAAUAUCUCACAAAUGUGAAGUACUUCCGCUACAGGAUUACACAACAAAAUUAGGGAAAGAGCCACACAGAUAUCUUACUAUUUACGACAACAACGAUAUUUAUUAUCUCGCUGGAUAUUACGAUCCCACAACAUAUCUGCUUACUUUGCAACCUGGAGUUGUCUAAAUAGCUCUAAUAUACAGGGACUCACAUAUAGUUUAACAUUUUAAAAACUUUGAUUAUAAUUAUCUUUCUUGACAAAUCAGAACAAAUCUGAUGAACUUUUAUGAAAACUAAUGCAAUCGAAUGCAAUAAUGAUUUACUGUGAAAUUAGCAUUGAGUUAAUGCUAUUUAUCUAUAACAGUAAAACAGUAAUUAAAUGUAAAUAAUGUAUAUAUAUUUUUUAAUACUUCUCUCGAUAUUAUUUGCAACAUAUUGGAGGAUAGAUAACUAGAAUUUCCAUUGCAAAAAAUGAUUCAUUAAAAAAGACACCUGAAAUAGUUGUUAAGUGAUACUAAAAAAUACGGUGCUAAAAACUGUCUUUACUCACAUACACAAUGCUGGUUUUAUUAUUCGAGUUAAAGCACUAUGCGUUGACAAUGCAUAUCUAUUUAAAUAUGUUCUUUUUUUUUGUUACGAAUAUAUAAAAGUUUUGUUCAACUUUAGUAUUGCGGAUCGAUAAUAAUCCGUGCUACUGUGCAACAUGUAAGCUAAUUUUUAUAAAAUCAUUUUGAAGCGCCAACUGAUUGAAAAGAAGAAUGAGAAGAAAUACUAUAGUGUCGAGGUCGUUUGUUUAUAUAUUCUGUUAUAUAAAUAUAUAAAUUUUGCUUAUAAAGUCUUCUGUAUUUGUAUAUCGAAAAUGUCUUGAGAUUUUGAAACAAAUUGGAUCAUCUACAAUCAGUAGUUGAUGGUAAAAUAUGACUUAGUACAAAUUAAAAAACACAAUAAUUGUUGUCUAAGUGCGAGUUAAGAGUCAAAAAUAAGUAAAAUCUGUAUGCUAAGCACAUAAAUGACAAAUGUAAAAUGUACUUAUGUAUCAAUUAACCAUUGAUAGCUUUUUUGCUUUUAUUUUGUACAUAUGGUUUAGAUAUUUACAAUGGUAUUAAUGUAACAAAAAAUGGCAGAAGUUACUGCAGCCAUUAUUGGUAGAAAACGCAUCUAUGUAUAUACCGUAUAGUAUUUUUCCAUACAAAAAUUAGAAAGAGGGAAUAAUAAAAAGAACAUGAAAAUAAUUACGGCCUACUUUGCAAUUCAAUCCUCAUAGAGUGAGGAUUAACUAAUGGCAUACAGAAAAUUUUUAAUGAUUAUAAUUCAUAUUAGAAGGAAAUAAUUAUUUACUACAUCUACCUAUAAGAAAUUAUUUUUUAAUAAUUAAAUUCAAAUAUCAUUAAUAAUUGAGUUCCACUUAUGAGAUUAAUUGAAUUAAUGUGCUAUAAAUGACUGGACUAAAAAGUGGAACAUAAUUAAUAAUGGAUAUAAUCAAAUAUAUGUAAUGAAUUAAAAAUGCUGUAGUUUUCCUUCACGAAUCGUAAUCAAAGAUUCGAUUCUGUGUUUGGAAGUAAAGAUGAAUACUAAUUAAUAACAUUGAUAAUAUUAUAAUUUAAAAAAUAAUGAUAAUAAUAUAAAAAAUAAAAAUAAUUAAAUUUUUACUAGUCGAGCAGUUGAAAAAAAAUUUCUUUUCAAAUGAUAAACAAAAAAAAAGUUGAUAGUACAAGGCUCGAAAAAAAACAAAUGUUCUAUAAGUUUCAAUAUUAAUGACUGCACUUGAAUUAAUCGCGUAAAAUUCUGUACAAGUAUUUUGUGAUCAUAAAAGCAAAACAAGAAUUUUUUAACAAAUUAAAUAGAUACGAACAACAUGUAAAUAAGUAAUGUUUAUUGGAAAAUUGCACACGGUUAACUUUUCGUAAUAAAACAAAUUGGAGUAAACACGUAUUUUCUGACAAUCGUUGAACCACCAAAAUAUUAAAUUUUAGUUUAAUAUCUCAGUCGAAAAGUUGGAAUAAUUAAAUAAUGUAGAAUUAGCUGUGUUCGGGCCAAGGUAUUUUGCGCUUAAUAUAAGAAAAAAGUAAGUUAAUGAUUUAAGUGAAGACAAAAUAAUAUGGUACGAAGAGUAAAUAUUUUAUUGUAGAGAAAUUGAAAUUAUUAUAUUUUUCAUUAAAAACGUAGUUUUUAAACAUUGAAAGAAAAUUGAAAAAAUAAAAAAAUUAUUUGUUUAAU